UCUUCUCCCACCUAAGCUCCAAAAACGUGAAGUCGUUGAAAUUAGGUCCUCUCCCUUCAUCCCACUCUUGACUUUCCCCCUCCCUCGCAUACCUAUAAAACCCCAAGACUCCUUACAGCAAAACCCAAACAACAUCCCGUCAUGCUCCCCUCUCUCUUCACCUCCACCCUAACGCGCCUCACGCCCCGCCUGCCGGUGCUAAUCUUCGCCGCCACGUGGACCGCCUGCCUCACUCUCACGGUGGCUCUGGCCUCCUUCUCUCCCGAGGUUGCGUUUGUCUCGGCCAUUUCUUCUUCGUCUUCGUGCGGCUCCGAAGCGUCCAUAAGGGUUCUGGCAGACGUGCCGGGAGAUAUUCUCUGCUUGCCGGCUCAGCUGUUCAGCAAGUCCAGGAUCGACUUCUUCGUGCCUCCGGUUUUCGCGGCGGUCGUGGUGGCCGGGUCGGCGUGCCUGGUCCGGGCCAUGGGCCUGUGGGAGGCAGACGAAGCCCAGUGAAGUUUGGGCUCGCCUUGCCGCCAAAUUGUUUAGAACAAGAACUGAUUGGCAAUUGUAGAUGCAUGACUAUAGUUUGAUUCUUUUUCAGUGACUUUAUAUGUAAUCAGAUCAAACACUGCAGUUUUCAUCUGUUUGUAGAAGGAGAAAUUUGGUAGCGGGUUGUGAUCGAGAGCAAUCUUUUGACCUAAUCAAAUCUUGUUCUUAAUUAAUCUCUUAACCUCAUUCUCAAAAAAAAAAAAAAAAAUCUCUUAACCUUACCUUCAAAUUCUCAGAGCCGGCCCUGCUAAUCGGAAUUCCACCAUCUAUGAGGGCUGCUAAUCGGCAAAGAACUACAUUUGUGAUUUGUCAUUCGGAAAUCCAUUGUACACGGAGCUGCCUAGCUCUGUGUGUCCCAAGGGCAUGACUUCAAUGGGAAGACAACAAAUUUCUUUGGACUUUGGAGAUUGUUUGUUCACCAAGUUGGGUGGGCUUUCAUGACCCAUUAUGUAAUAGGUGCUGUCAUGUAACUAUUGGUGCUUUAAGUGGGUUUUUUUG